AUGGGGCAUCGUAUUGGGACGGAUCAUGCUCUUCUAACUGCACCUGUAACUAUCUCCCGCACCCCAGCGAGAUGGGCACAAGACUCGAAGCCGAGAUUUGUCCAUUCCCCGCUGCCCUCAGUUCCCCUGGUGGAUGUCGAGGACAUUUCGGCCCUGGCGAGGACGUGUACCAAACCGUUCCCUUCGAUGGGCUACAAGGACCCCGAUGUUGUCUUGGAUGCCAUACGACUGGCUCAACACUCUAAACAACCUGGUGAUUGGAAGAAGGUGCACAAGCUCAGAAAGCUCGCAAGACAUGAGUGGGAAGCUAAGCGAAUUGAAUGCAUCCUGAAAGGAGACUGGGCUCAGUACAGGCAGCGGAAACGUCAGCUCAGCAAAAGAUCUGGGUGGUGGGGGACCAUGCUGGAGGCCUGUGGCGAGGAGGAGCUUGCACAGAAAACCAAAGACCAUCUGGCCAGCAAGCUUUGCGGACCCCCUGCGAGUGAAUGGGACGAAAAGCUGGAUGCCCUCAUCAACCAGGUUCAAGUUGAGAAGGAUUGGACUCCCUUUACCUUACAAGAGGUGCAAGGGCAGCUAGCUCAGAUGAAACCCAGGUCAUCUGUUGGACCGGAUGGGAUUGGGGUUGACUUGCUCAGGAAGAUUGCCGAGACAGAGCUGCUAUCGGAGGACCUGGUUGACAUCAUCAAUCACAUUGUGCAGCAUGCUGCAGUCCCUGAAUCUUGGAACAAGUCGCUCCUGGCCCUACUUGCGAAGGUUGACGUACCCAAAGGGCCGCAAGACCUUCGUCCAAUAGCUAUGUCUUCUGCUAUGCAGAAACUUGUUUCCCGACUGGUUAUGACGCGCGCGUUCCCUCUUCUCCGGGGGGGCACUGACAUCUGCUGCUCUGGCAAGAGUCGACAGGCCGCUGACUUGGUGGGGUGUCUCACCCAUUUGCGAGACGUGGUCAAGGAAUGGCGCCUCCCGAUGCUGAUUGCCAAGCUUGACAUUCGGGGUGCUUUCGACUCAUUGGGAAGACAUGCACUUGCUUCCUACCUCUUACGCAAGCUACAACAUUGUGCCGUUGGCAGAGAGUUGCGCUACUUACUUCUGCAGGUUCGUCCUAAUCUUCUCUUGGGUCGUGUUCCUGGUGGCGAGAUGCUUGAUCUCUGCUGUACCACUGGGAUCAGGCAAGGUUCCCCGGAAUCCGCGGAGCUUUUUGCUUUGGUCCUGCAGGACGCCCUUGAGGACAUGAUGCACAGCAAGGCCUGGAGAUCGCUAGGGGUGACCAUUCCGGAGUUGAAUGUGGAGCUCUUAAUGUAUCAGGACGACCUUUUUCUGUGGGACGAUGAUGCAGGGCGACUUACAAAAAGGUUGGAACUGAUCAAUGACUGUCUUCGCGUGUUAGGCCUACAACUUGCCGCUAAGAAGACAGCCAUCACCAGUUCCAACGAUUACGUCGGGGCGCGUCGCAUCCUUUUCCUGGGUAAUCAGAUCGACAUUCAAUCCCCAUCUCAACCAAUACGAGUGCUCGGCUUGAACUUCACGUUUGACGGGGAUUCUACCCGACAGGCCAGAGAGCUUAUUGCCCGGCUCCGGGCUGCCUUCCGGGAGCACAGGGAAUUGCUUUGUGGCCGGGCUAGUUGGGAUAACAAGGUCUUCGCUGUCAAAAGGCUGGUGUUGAGCACCAUCUCUUGGGUUGCAGGAGCUGUCUACUGGGGCCCACAAGACUUAGCGACCCUCAAUACGUUGCAGAUGCAUGUCAUGAGGGAUGUCUUUCUUCUUCGUCGACAUCAGGGUGAGACGUGGGUGGACUACAAUCAACGCACCAUGAGGUUUGUCAGAGCAUGGAUGCACACAAACGGCUGCGCUAGGUGGAGCACUACCGCCACUGGUGCAGACAAACUGAAGACGAUGGAAGAGGGGUGUGUGCUCGGCCUGGGCUCCCAGCCCGCUUCUUGGCAUGGAGAAACAUGGCAUGGUGGAGAGGCCAACAACGCCUUUCCACUGCAGCGGGUGGUCUUCGUCACACUGGACAGUUCUUUCCUGCGAGUUGCGAGAGGGAUUUCGCUGAACACUUGGGUUGCGAUUGGGUGCAAAAGGGUGGGGAUCGUACGGCUUGGGGUGAACUUCGUGAACAGUGGCUCAAACAAACAGACCAACCCUGGUGUCGUGGUCGGCAACUUGCAUUGGCACGAGAGUGAGCUGCAUGUCGUGAUUACCCUGCUUUUCGCGACCUUUGGCCUUCCCUCCACCUUGCGCUUGGUCAUGGCCCUGGCUGCCUCCAGUCUACGCAUGUGGUGGGUGACCUUCCUGGUGCUGUGGCUGGACAGUGAUAUGGGAAAAUACUAUGACUUCAACGACCUCGGCGACUACAUUCUCUUUUACCUCAACGUCCCCGACGUUGAUCUUGACUUCUUCGACUUCGACCUCAACGACUUCUAUGAGCACUUUGACCUCUUCGACUUCAACGACUUUUCUGAGCACUUUGACCUCUUCGACCUCUGCGACCUUGUCGACUCUCUUGAGCACUCCGACCUCCUCGACUUCAGCGACUUUGUGGACCUCGACGUCCUCCGUGACAGCCUGGCCUAUAACCUCGCAGUCCACCGCAACAUCCCCUACGAUGGUGUGUUCAGCCCCAUGGGUGAAUUUGUGUAUGGAGUACAUUGGAUGUGGGAGGACGAAAGAGGGUGCACAUCGACCACUACCUCCACCACUCCUGGGGGUGAAGUUCGUUGGCAUGGCACUGGGAUCCGCGAAAGCUCUACUACGUCCACUACCACUCCGGAUGGUCCUGCAGCUGAGGGAGAGCUUGGGGAUUAUAGUCCUGAUGCUACCGGGGAGGAACUUGAGACGUUGAGUUUACAAGAGCUUGUGGAUCAAGAGCUGUUGGGUGGUGCCAAUCAAUCUGGACAACUAUUGAUGGACCUGGACCAGCAUCCUUCGGAGUUCGCCGUGGUCAACGAGCCCCCUCCUAAUCGGCCGACUACGAUUGAUUGGACUCAUGAUGUUCUGCACAACUUGGCGCAGAGGGUGCUCGACGACACUAUAGGGGCACAGCGCUACGGGCAUCCACCUACGGUACGCUGGGGUGCUCACAUUGCAGCGGCGGAGUUUCGGGACGUUGGCCGAAUGUUUACACGUCUGGGGGACAUGAUCGUCAACAGCAUCGACAGGCCAGUGGACGAGCCACGAACACCUCCACCGACUAACGAGCCCAUGUACAGACACUAUCGUGCAUGGAGUCGUAGAUGGAGAGACAUGUUCCUGGGGGUGAUCAGGGAGUUCCUGCAGCACACCGACGCGGAGGCCGUGGAGCAUCAAGCCCGACUGCGAGUGAGGGAUGAUCAGUACAGAAGGAUGGCCGAACUACGUGACCUGGAGAGGUAUCGCACACCUCAGCGAACUGGGCCAGAUCCUGGAUUGGGUGUUCCCGUGGCAAGAAGACCUUCUGGGGCCAUGGGGGGUAAGCGGUCGCACGGGCAGAUGACGGCUGAGGGUGACGACAGAGGGCGCUCCUCAACGGACACCUUCCCGGGCCCUUCUCCUCUUGAAGUUGUACCUCCUCGUCCCAAGUUUCGCAUGCCUACACCCUCGCCUAGUGAGGAGGCUAGGGGAGUACGACCUGUUCAGACGCCUGAUCUUCGGCCUCCGUCUUCUGGGUCGAGGUUGGGUGUUGGAUUGGCUUCGCCUUCAUCUUGGCCGCAGGGGUUGGAAAACCGUGGUGGACUACAUGGGGGUGCGACAAUUGCUUGGGAUGGGCCCAUUACGUCGCUGACGUCUUCCUUGUCUACGGCGAGCUCCUCGGUUGGGUGUGGUACACACGCGUCUGGAGAGACCCUGCUCAUGCCCACCACUCCUAUAAUGCCGCCACCUAGCAACGCCUCGAUGCCACUGCCUACGCCUCCAGUACCUGACCAACGACCGCCGGCUACCUCGUCUGCCAGUCUUGGGGAGACACGACCGUCGGCAUGGGACCACCACAACAACCUGGGUACGCCUACCAUCCCCCCGGUGCCCAUCGUCACGGCCGUCACUCCUGUCACUCCCUUUGAUGAACGUGGUCGUCCCAUCACUCCGGUUAUCCCUUCGGCGCCAGUCAUCACUUCGGCUACGCCUAUGACACCCUUCCCCGAGGACGUCCCGGAGGUCGAUGAUGUGAUCCAAGAAAUAUGUGGUCCCUCGUCCUCUUCUACCACGACUACCGGGGUGCCUGGCCUUGGACUGCCUUUCUCUAAUUCGUCUACUACCACGCCGCGUGGGAUGGAGGAGGAGGUUGACUAUGGUGAGCAGGAUGAGCAUGUUCCCUCGGAUGAAGUGGAGGUGGCUGUCGAGGAGGAUGGAGCAGCAGCUAUGGGUGGUGACGAGGAAGUGGCCUUGGGUGAACAGGACACGGGGGAGGAUGACCUCUCCCCGCGCGAGGAACGGCUUGCUCGCCGUGUUGCUGGGCUUGUCGUUGCUGAAGUUUACCAUCUACUCCGCACGACUGGGGUGAUUGCAGGACCUGGGAUGCCUACCGACAGGGAUGUGAGAGUCGACAUCCAGGCGACCUCGCAUGUCCCAUCCGUACACGAUCCCUCGAAGCUCGUUGCACG